AUGCAUACGAGGCGUUUGGUAAAGCGCUCCAUCAUUGGGAGCCGUGUCUACGCGCCGGGUCCGACUGGGGACGCGGCUCCGCUCACAGGAGUGGUCCAAGCUGUCAAGCAGGAAAACAGAGAUGCUUCAACCGGACCUCGGCGCAACGUGUACACGGUGCUCAUGCAGGACGGCAGCCUGAGAGAAUACACAGAAGAGGACAUUGCCGUAGGAUCUACACAGAUGGCUGCGAAAGGACCUCUGAAGUCCAGCUUGAAGAGCUCCUGCAACGGCCGGGACGGGCCUCAGCAAGGCCAGAACGGAGGCAUUCAGAAGGGUGAGGUCCCCUCCCUCAGUCCAGAGGGGGUGGAGGAACCACGUGGGCUGGAGCAUAAGCGAACGGGUCGGAGCAUGGACUCAGACAAGGACCACACCCGUUCGGUCUCACUGCUGGAGCAGAAGCGUAAGGUGGUGUCCUCCAGCAUCGACGUGCCACAAGCCAGGAAAUCAGAGGAGGAAGUGGACAUGGACAAGGUGACAGCUGCCAUGGUGCUAACUAGCUUGUCCACCAGUCCCUUAGUUCGAAGCCCACCAGUGAAAGUCAGUGAGGGUCUGAACGGCUCAUGGAAGGACGGCGGAGGCAUCACGCCGUCCAGUUACAGCAGUAGCGGCUACUGGAGCUGGAGCGCGCCGAGUGACCAGUCCAACCCGUCCACGCCCUCUCCGCCCCUGUCGGCCGACAGCUUCAAACCCUUCCGCAUGCCCAGCCUCAACGGCCCGCCCGACGACAACAUCGAUGAGCCGGACGGCAGCAGCCUGCUGUUUGACGAGCCCAUUCCUCGCAAACGCAAAAACUCCAUGAAGGUGAUGUUCAAGUGUCUGUGGAAGAACUGUGGAAAAGUACUGAGCACUGCCGCCGGUAUCCAAAGGCACAUUCGAACCAUGCACCUUGGGCGUAAUUGUGACUCGGAGUGCAGCGACGGCGAAGAGGACUUUUACUACACGGAGAUAAAGCUGAACACGGAUUCCGUCGCCGACGGCCUGAGCAGCUUGUCUCCGGUUUCGCCUUCCGUGCUGUCUCCUCCGCCACUUCCCGACCAGAGACGGCCCGACGCCACCAACGGAGCCAAACACGAGAGCGGCACCACCCCUCUCAGUCGCUCCGCCCCCAGCGCGCUCUACCUCGUGCAUACUGACCACGCCUACCAGGCCACUGCCCCCGUCACCAUCCCUUCCACCAGUACCACAGGCUUCACCCCCAGCAGCAGCAGCAGCUUCAGCAUCUCUUGGCAGUCCCCACCUGUCACCUUCACUGGCACCUCUGCCUCUCCCACUCAUACACGGUCACAGGGCUUUGGGGAGCAGCGCUCACAGACCAUCGCGGUGCUUUCAUCUCCUCCUAGGGCGACAGGCUCUCUCAGCAGGAAGUCGCGGGGCGAGGGGAAGAAGUGUCGUAAGGUGUACGGAAUGGAGAACAGGGACAUGUGGUGUACCGCCUGCCGCUGGAAGAAGGCAUGUCAGAGGUUUGUCGACUGA